AUGAAAAGAGAAAAUUUUUUUUCUUUUAAGUGGCCUUUUUUUUUAGGGCUCUGCUCUCUCUCCUGUUUGUGUAGAUGCAAAAAAAAUACCCAAAUCAUGGUUACAGAUUGGGUAUUCACAAUCAAUAGACUACAAUUUUCAGGGUUAAUUACCAUAUCAUAUAUUUUUGAUUUCCUAUUUUAUUUGACAAUCCUAAUUCUUUCAGCUACAUUGGGAAGAACUCUUCCUCCACGCUACCAUGAAUUCCUGAUUUAUGACAUUACCCUUAGAUACACACAUUUUCCCGAAACCACCAUUUUGGUCCGUGUUUGGCUCCUCGUACUCAUAUCUGCUGGAAUACCGCUUACUCAGUUCCUACUAUUUUCAAUCUUUGUUGUCUUGCCAAUAAGACGUCGUAUUUGGGAUUUUCUUGCUGGCUGUUUAUGCUUGCUUGGCGCAAUGGCAACCCAGUUGCUUGUGACGGUGCUUUUGAAAAAUAUAAUUGGACUCCCCCGCCCUGACUUUAUCGAUAGAUGCGAGCCAAUGAUCCAGAACAUUCCUUUAACAUCAUUAUCAACCGUAGCAAUAUGCACGCAGCCAGAUUGGAAUUUGGUUCAAGAAGGAUUUAGAACGUUUCCCAGCGGUCAUCUGGCAACUGUUUUCACGGGAAUGACAAUAGCGGCACUAAACUUUGCUGCUAGACUUCAAACAUUUGACAAUAGAAACAACUCCUUCAAAGUGUUUAUCACCAUCCUGCCGUGGCUUAUUGCUGCAUGUGUGGCUAGUACCAGAGUUAGCGAUAAUAGACACUUUCUAAAAGACAUUAUCGCCGGUGCAUUUAUAGGAACGUGUAUUGGAUCUGUCUUCUAUUUACAGUACCACCCUAGCAUAUUCAACUUGGCGAACGCAGGCAGAUCGUUCCCGCCACGACGGUUUGGCAUUCAAAGAUUCUUUCAAAAUAUCGGCGGGUUUUGGAAACUCGAUGGCGAGAGCUCAGAUCGGGCAUUAGGCGCUGAAGACCUCGAAAAACUUUCAAACGAACAAUUGGGCCAACCUGCAAGAAUAACGUCAAUGGCAGAUAAUAUCGAAGUAGUGAACAAAUUACUAUAA